UGGAACACACACUGCCUGGGGUACCGGGGUCCCAGGGGGCCGGCGCUGGGAUGUAGGGAGGCAGCAAGCAUGUGGCCUUGUGUGUGUGUGUGUGUGUGUGUGUGUGUGUGUGUGUGUGUGUGUGUGUGUGGCCCAUGAGCUUGCUGUGCACUGUACUCUGUGGGUGUGAGCAGGCCGGUUCCAUGUAUGUAUGUAUUUUGCGUGUAUGUGCCUGUGUGGGAUUCUGGGUGUGCCAGGAGUGUGCAAGUGUGUAUGUUGUGCAUGUGUGUAUACACAUGGUGUGUGGGUAGGUGUGUUUUUUAAAGGAGACAACCCAGGGACUUCAGAACAGGAAUCGUUUUCACAACAAUUCAGAUAUUCUCUUGCGUAGACCCUGACCUGGAGUCACAGUGGGUGCCCAGAGAGUCAAGAGAUGGACUUCCUAGAACAAGGAGAAAACUCGUGGCCAUCACCAGCUGUGACAACCAGCCCAGAAAGAACCCAUGCAACACGGGGCGUCAAGGCUUCCAGAUGGACAAGGCAGGGGGCUGUGGAGGAAGUGGAGCCACCCGGUUUGGAAGAAGGUGCCCAGGCCAGACCAGCUGCUGAGUCCGCCAGGCAGGAGGCCACAUUCCCCGAGGCCACACCCUUGGCUCCAGCCCUUCCCUUGGCUGGAGAGGAGACCUCCCCCAGCGGGUGGGACCUCCUCUUGCCCGACUGUGCAGCCUCAACAGUGGGUUCCAGCACAGGUGACCUGGAGCUGGCCAUCGAGUUCCCAGACCCAGAGGCCUGGGACGGUGAGCUCGAAGGCCUGGGGGAGGACAGGCCUCGGCCUUGCCCAUCCCCACGGGCCCCACUUCUCAGCUUGAGUUGGGAUGAUGAGUUGCAGAAGCCUGGGGCCCAGGUCUACAUGCACUUCAUGCAGGAACAUACCUGUUAUGAUGCCAUGGCCACCAGCUCCAAACUGGUCAUCUUUGACACUACGCUGGAGAUUAAGAAGGCUUUCUUUGCCAUGGUGGCCAACGGCGUGAGGGCAGCCCCUCUGUGGGACAGCAAGAAGCAGAGCUUUGUGGGCAUGCUCACCAUCACGGACUUCAUCCUGGUGUUGCAUCGUUACUACAGAUCCCCCCUGGUCCAGAUCUACGAGAUUGAAGAACAUAAGAUUGAGACCUGGAGGGAGAUCUACCUACAAGGCUGCUUCAAGCCUCUCGUCUCCAUCUCUCCCAAUGACAGUCUGUUUGAAGCUGUCUAUGCCCUCAUCAAGAACCGAAUCCACCGCCUGCCGGUCCUGGACCCGGUCUCCGGCACUGUGCUCUACAUCCUCACACACAAGCGGCUACUCAAAUUCCUGCACAUAUUUGGUGCCCUGUUACCACGGCCCUCCUUCCUCUGCCGCACUAUCCAAGAUUUGGGCAUCGGCACAUUCCGAGAUUUGGCUGUCGUUCUGGAAACAGCUCCUAUCCUGACCGCGCUGGACAUCUUUGUGGACCGGCGUGUAUCUGCGCUGCCUGUGGUCAAUGAAUCUGGUCAGGUCGUGGGCCUCUACUCCCGCUUUGAUGUCAUUCACCUGGCUGCCCAGCAAACCUACAACCACCUAGACAUGAGUGUAGGAGAAGCUCUGAGGCAGAGGACACUGUGUCUGGAGGGGGUUCUCUCCUGCCAGCCCCACGAGAGCCUCGGCGAAGUCAUUGACAGGAUCGCACGCGAACAGGUGCACAGGCUGGUGUUGGUGGAUGAGACCCAGCAUCUUCUGGGCGUGGUCUCCCUCUCUGACAUACUUCAAGCGCUGGUACUCAGUCCUGCUGGCAUCGAUGCCCUCAGUGCCUGAGAGUGCCUGAGUCCUCACUCCCAAGCCAUCUCCCUCAUCUGAAAACCAAUGGAAGGAUCUAGGGGGACUUGGCCUUCAUCUUCUUCCACCCCCGUUUGCUGGCUCUGCUCUGGUACAGGCUCUCCAGCCUUCCCUAAUUGUCCUUGCUAUACCUACACUCCCAGAGGCCUUUGGGCAUGCCCAGUACACCAGGAUGAUGAAAUUAAGAGCAGUCGAGUCAAGCCUGAAAGUCCUGAACCAGAGGCACUGCGAUCAGCCUAGGACACUCUGUGUGCCCUGUCCCUUUUUAAGCCUUUCCCUCCCACCUGGGUCAGGGCUGAGCGCGAUGUGGCUGGGAGCAUGCAGCCGACGGACUUAGCUGGGCGCCUGGAAUGCUUGGUUCUGGGUGCACGUUCCCAGCUCCUACGAGCCCCGGCUGCUCUUUCCCUGUGGAAGCUCCCAUUGUGCCACACCAUCAUACAAGCUGCUGGCGGCCAACACUGAGCAGCCCUUGAUUCUAGAGCUGUCUGUUGGGGCUAUAGGCAUUCAUCAUGGUGCCUAGCAGGUAGCUUUUACUAUCUACAGCUGAAGCGGGACUGUCACGGUGCCCUUUUUGGGUGUCCAUAACGGGUCUGCCAUUGAGGUCUACAGAAGUAUGUGGUACUUACUCUCAGGCUCCAAGAAGCAGGUCCAGCAGGGCUUCUGAUGCUGUUGUCCAUUGGGCUCCUUAGCUCUCACUAGUAAGUCAUGUUCUACCCCCAGAUAGAUUGAGAUCUUUGAGAAUGAGCCAUCAAGAAAAAAGAAACAAAAGAGCAAGCCCUGACCUUGGAUGCUACAGGCUUACUCAAAGGCUGCAGUCAUUGAAAUGAACUUGCAGCAAGCUCCUUGUGUCUCCUGAAUUCAAAGACUUGAAGGAAAGUCUGUCUGAACUUGGCAAAAACUACAAGUAGCCUUUCUUUUUGUGCGUAGAAUGUUAUUCUGCCAAUAUUUUUUAAUCUUUGAUUUGUAACAAAAUGAUAAGGAAAAUGUUUAUUCAUUACUCACCUAGCAGGUGGAACCCAGUCUGCAAACGGGAGUCUGCAGGAAACAUAGCUGAUCCUGCAAUGCUGGAUGAACUCAAUUCACCAAGUACAAAGAAAUGAAUCUCAGUCGAUUCUGGGCUCUUCGUCUGCCGUUAUCCUCCCCCGUGAUGGCGUGGGUCCUCAGAUCCAGUGGUCCAACACAGAACAGAGUAGAUUCCUAUUUCCACGAUCUUUUAAAAUUCCUUUUCAUUUUACUUUAUGGCAUUGUGUGUGCAUGCAGGCGUGAGUGUGCCACAGUGGAGUGUGAUUGUGUAUGUGUGUGUGUGCCUGGAGGUGAGUGUCCCACAGUGCAGAUCAGUGGACAACCUCCAGCGUGGGUCCUCCGCUUCUACCUUAUUUGAGACAGGGUUCCCUUGUCGUGCUUCUGGGGAUCUCCUGGGACUGCAGUACAGGGAUGGCACACUCCAAUAUUCCUGCCUUGUUCAGCUUUACAUGAAUUCUGGGAGCUCAAUCUCAGGGAUUCACACACGUGCACCAAGUACUUCGCCCACUGAACCACUGAAUCAUCUCCCCAGCUCGCCUACUUUUCUCUCUUCCUCCUCCAGCUCCUCCUCCUCCUCCUCCUCCUCUUCCUCCUCCUCCUCCUCCUCUUUUAAUUUGUUUUGAGAAAGCGUUUCACUUCAUAUCCCUGGCUAGCCUAGAACUCACCAUGUAGGCCAAAAUGGCAUCAGACUCAUAGAGACCCACCUGCCUCUGCCUCCCAAGUGGUGGGAUUAAAGUCAUGUGCCACCAUGCCCAGCUGGGUAGUCCCAUUUUUAAUUUUUUUGGGAGGAGGGGAAUCUUCAUACUGUUGACCAUAUGGCCAUGCGGUUGAUCAUAUGUACAUGAAGUAUAGGCUAUGAACACUGAGCUCCAAACUCCAAUCCCCAGUCAUAUCACAUAGACACCCCACUCUGUUGCUCAGGUGAGUGUUAAGCUCCUGGGCUCAACCAACUCUCCUGCUUCAGCCUCCAGAGUAGUUGGGGCUAUAGGCGUUCAUCGUGGUGCCCAGUGGGUAGCUUUUACUAUCUACAGCUGAAGCAGGACUGUCAGGGUGCCUUUUUUUGGGUGACCAUAACGGGUCUGCUAUUGAGGUCUACAGAAGCAUGUGGUACUCUCAGGCUCUGAGAA